AGAAAUGGGUGGAUUGCAACAAAGGAAGAACAUGUGAUGUUUCGUAUAGGGAGUGGUUUUUUUCAUCUAUAAGUACUUGGAGGAAGCUAAGAAGCAUUGAGCUCUGAGACAGAACUUUACUGUAAUCAUUGCUCCCAAGAUCUUGUUAAAUUGUCUAUCUUUAUCAAAUAGAUAAAAUACUAAAAGACAAACUUUUGGUCAUUCAAGGCAACUUAAGUCACUUUGUCACUGAUUUCGGCAAAAACUGUGUGGUUGAGGAGAUUUCAACAUUCUCGUCUCCGUCUUCAGAGUUUCAAAUCUGCUUUCCUUGAAGUAUUGAAAUAUCGUGAAAAAAAUGGGUGCCCAGGUUUCAGUCAAGAAUGAAACUCCUUAUGGCUGGUACUUUUCCACCCAAGACAGAGGGUAUGAAUAUGUGUAUCCUCACAGCACAAAAUCGUUUGAGGAGAAAAAGCUAGUCCAUCGUUACAUCUACAUCAGAUAUGGAAAUCACUCAUGGAAUAGUUUUAGUUAUGAGUAUAACACCCAUAAAGGGGACACCUCUUUCAUCUUAAGGGAAACCUAUGACCGUUCCCAGAUUCAGUUGCACUGCACCUCUGAGGGAGGCACUAAAUACUGUCCCAACUACGGAAAAAAUGAAGAAGAUGAAAGGCAGAGACGGCAAGAGGAGGAAAGACGACGUUUGGAACGUUUACAACGUGAGCAAAGGAUUCAACAGGAGCUGGAGAGAGAAAGUGAAUCGUCAAGACUUAAGCUUUCUCGAGCAACCGAGCGGCUUCGUGAAAAGCAGAGCUUCAGAGGUCUUAACCAACAUCACAAAUUCUCUCAGGUGCUUCAUCAGCAAAUAGAAGAUGAUGCUGCAGCAAUCGAGAGAAACGAGGUUAUUGAUGUUGAAGAAAAAUUCAAAGAGCUUUUGUUAAAGUACCAGAUCAAAGAAGACAAUGAGAUACAGAACCACCAGAUUUGGGACAGGAUUAAGACGCUCCAGAAUGAACUUACAGUUCAAUAUUGUACAGAAAACAACCUUCCAGUAUGGUCUCAGUUUACCUUUGAUCAUGCUGUUGGAUAUAAUGAACUGUCACUUACUGAGAUGCUCACAGUUCUUGAGGCAUCUCUUCAGUUCAUUCUGCAUAGUAGCACUGAAGAUGCUAAAGAUGAUGGAGAUCAGCCACUUGGCUUGGAGAAGAAGUACAACUUUCUGUUGGGUUUAGUGGAGCAGCUUCAUGCCACAAAUGCAACUUUGGCAAAACGUAUUUUACUUAAUAUACUUGACAUGAUUUCAGAGCUUUCACCACAAGGUAGAGAUAUUUUGGGUCAGAUAUUGUUCAACAGAAUCUGGACACCAACCGAAAUAAUGCUCUUUCUUUGCAAAAGUCCAGCCAUCAAAUGUGAUCAACUCGAUUCAGUUCUCCACACAGCACUAACCUAUCACUUGGACUGCGUCCUCGUUCUCUCUGCCCUUACGUAUGAAACCCCUUUAAUGUUUCUUGAAGAACAAAUAAGAAGUGUCAAGGAAAAAGAUGCUGAUACAAUUGUGAAGGAACUUCGUGAAGCGAACUGCCCAGAGAAAUUAUUGGUGCUGUUAAAGGAUGUGCUUAGAUACAUGGAGUCAGAACUCCCAAAAUAUCAACUGGAGGACCUCAGCGUGGAGCAAAUCAACGAUUUGAAAAAGAAAAUAUCAUCUCUUGAUCUUACAAACCCAGAUAUUAACACUCUAAAAGAGGUAUUGAUUGGAAUGUCAAUAGCAGUGCAAGACUGCUCAACAAUCAUCACACAAGACAACACAAAGAUUCAAGGCUAUUUUCCGAGACGUACACAACUAGCAUCAUUGCUUUUGCUCCUCCUGACACAGCUGACAGGAAAUAAAGGAUGUCUUCUGGAGAUUGGCACAGGUGAGGGCAAAUCCUGUAUCUUAGCCAUGUUUGCAACAAUUCUGGCCAUUCGUGGAACCAAAGUGGAUAUUGUAACAAGCUCUCCGGUUCUUGCCCAACGUGACCAAGAAGAGUGGAAAAAGUUUUUCAAUAUGUUUGGUGUCACCUCAUCUGUAGUACCUCCACGUUCCUCAAGUGCCUGUUCAGCAGAGGAACAGGAGGAAUGUCUGAGACAUGCCUACAGACAGCAAAUAGUAUAUGGCACAGUUGGAGUCUUUGCAGCAGACAUACUUAAACAAGAAUUUGAGAAGAGGACUGUUCGUGAUAAAAGGCAGUUUGAGCUUGUAAUAGUGGAUGAAGUGGACUAUAUGACUUUGGACAAUGGAGUUCAAGUGACAUUCUUGUCUCAUGAAUCUAGUGGAUUUAGGCAUGUGGAGCAAAUUCUUUCCAACAUAUGGGCCAUGAUAUCUACAUGUCGACCAGUAGAAAUGCUUGAAGCAGGGGAGAUCAAAUGGGCGACCAGUAUACAGUACCUUCAUAAAGCUGUAACGACAGCCGUUAUGGGACUGGAAACAUCAAAAAAACUUCUCAGCAAUUGAGAU